UGGAGGAGGAGGAGAUUUGAUACUGAGAUUUGUGAACUGGCCUGGAUCUGAUUCACGUUGUAAGAUCGCCCCCUGGCGACCCAGUGGAGAAUAAGCAGGGCGAUGUGGCCUGUCCACCCUCGCAUCUAUAAUAUCUUCCCUCGGGCCCUCAGAGUUGGUCAAAGAACCUACGACAGCCUGACCCGGUCAGUCGAGCAGCCUUUAGUCUUACAGCCCAGUUUCUCCUGGAGCAGAAUGGGGACAAUAUGCCCCUGGCACCUUGCCAAGGACCCCUGUGCCUGGAUGUGCCCAAGUGAUGGUCACUGAGGACCUCCUGCCAUUCCCACUUCACCGAGGGGCAAACUGAAGCUCGGAGAAGAGCGCGCAGAGGCAGAGGCAGGGCUGGAGUGCAGGACCCCAGGCCUGGCCUGGCUCCUGGGGAGGACCCAACCCCUCCCAAAGGAUUGGGGAAACACGCCCUGGCUGGGCGGACCCGUGGGUGUCCCUGGCGCCCUAAGGUGCCAAUUAAAUGCCCGUGGCCGUCUCCAGGCCUGAGCCGUGGACAGCAGCAUGGCCGAGCCUGGGCCGGAGCCGGGGUACGCUUGGCGAGUGCUCGCCCUGUGCGGGGCUGCCGUGUUCCUGGCUGCGGCUGCAGCCGGGGCGGCCCUGCUGGCCUGGAAUCUGGCCGCCGCCUCCAGGGGCUCUCGCUGCCCGGAGCUGGAGCUGGGAGUCAACGCCACGGUGCCCCCCGGGGGGGACCCCACGCUGGAGGUCCAGGAGCUGCAGCGACAGCUGGCAGAGGCUGCGCUACGCGAGGACGCUCUGGCCAGGCAGCUGGAGCAGGCCCAGGGAGUCCAUCGGGAGCUGGAGGAGGCUCUCAGGGCCUGUGAGGGCCGACAGAGCCGGCUUCAGACCCAGCUGAAGACACUGAAGACUGAGGUGGAGGAGGCCAAGGCCCAGGGCACUCAGAUGGGCGCCGAGAACGGGGCGCUGGCAGAGGCCCUGGCGCGGCAGGAGGCGGCGGCCGCCGAGACCACCCGGCAGCUGGAGGAGGAGCGGCGGCGCGCACGCGCGGCCGAGGCGGAGGGCGGAGCCUGCGCGGCCCGGGAGGCGGCUCUGCGCGAGCGCGUCAAAGCCCUGGAAGCCGAGACGGACGCCCAGCGAAGACAGCCGCACCCCCGGCCCCGCUCGGGGUCCCGGCACCGGCCCAGCCCCCGCCCCCGGCCCAGCCCCCGCCCGCGCUCGCGCUCGCGCCCCACCCCCUCGGGGGGCUGCCGGCGGCGCGCGCGCGGGUGAUC